AAUCUGUCAGUAAAUUGUCAAUGUCAGUGUAGGGAAAUCUAUGAAAAUCGUGAAAAUCUCGAUAUCAGUGUUAUUUUUUUAUCAAUUUGGUAUAUUUAGAAUGGGAUUGUUGAAGAUUUAACUGCGAACUUAUAAAAGGAUAUUAUUUUGUAAAUCGGAAUUCCCGACAGGUGGAUGUGGAGCUAUGCCGGAGCAUUUGGAACUUCAACACCUCGUGGACUUGUCGGCGGGAAGCGGCGACGAGACACUACCAAAUCUUCUUGAGAACAAGAGACCAUUGAUAAAAAGAUGUCCAUAUCUCGGCCUGAUCCUGGCGACAUUGUCGUCUUUGUUCUUCUCACUAUGCUCGGUUAUCGUUAAGAGCCUCGUCAACAUCGACCCUAUGCAACUCGCCAUGUUCCGAUUUAUUGGAGUACUUCUUCCAACUAUACCCAUAGUCAUAUACACAGAACAGCCAGUGUUUCCUGAAGGGAAACGCGUCCUCCUUCUAUUGCGGUCCAUUGUAGGCACAGUAGGCUUAAUGUUAAGUUUUUAUGCUUUCCGCAACAUGCCACUGGCAGAUGCUUCUGUUAUAGUAUUUUCAGUGCCAGUUUUUGUUGCAUUGUUUGCUCGGGUGUUCUUGAAGGAACCUUGUGGUAUUUGGAAUACAAUAUCCAUUAUAUUGACUCUUAUUGGAGUGAUAUUAAUUACUCAUCCACCAUUUUUGUUUGGUGAUGAUCCUGGUGCAGAGCAUAACCAGAACUACAAUAGUUUACGAGGAGCUGUGGCUGCCUUUAUAUCAACAAUAUUUGGGGCAAAUGCUUACGUUCUGCUUCGAGUGCUCAAAGGGUUGCAUUUCUCUGUAAUAAUGACAAACUUUGGUGCUAUUGCUAUAAUACAAACAUUGUUUUACUCAUAUGUGUUUGGGGUGUUAUGUAUGCCUAUUUGUGGCACAGAGAGAUUCCUCGUAGUAUGUUUGGCUUUAUUUAGUUAUCUGGGUCAGAUAUUGUUGACAAUGUCUUUGCAAAUGGAACAGGCUGGUCCUGUGGCCAUUGCUAGGUCCGCAGAUAUAGUGUUUGCGUUUUUGUGGCAAGUAAUGUUCUUCAAUGAGAUUCCAAGCAAGUUUUCUGUAUGUGGAGCCAUAUUAGUUUUAAGUUCAGUUAUGUUAGUUGGUUUACGUAAGUGGGCUCUGGCUUUGCCCACAGAUUCACAACUGAGAAGUAAGUUGGGUGCACUGGCACGAUAAAUUGUUUUAUUGAAUCUCACUUGCAUAAUUAUGUAAUGUCGCCACUUUGUUUAAGAUUAAGUAACUUGAAUGUUUCAGUUGUGAAUGGCUCAAAAGCACUGAAAAUAUAUUUUUUUGUAUGAAAUUCUUUAACAGAAAUCAAUCCUUUGACCAAAUUUAAAUUUGUUAAUGGCACUAUAUAAUAGACAUGCCUUCUGAUUGGUGAUUGUCAUUCUAAGUUGUUAUUUAUAUUUUGUCUCUUAAUGUUUAUUAUUAUUAACUAGUUUACAGAGCACACAAAUUAAGUCUUGUGAGUUUGACCAAGAUCAGCCAAAUAUUUACCAGCAAUAAUACAUUUAGGUUUGAUAUCCUUUACCUCUAAAUCUCUAAGUCAUAGAAUUUUAAUUUAAUUCAUCGGAAUAUCAACCUUUGUGUUAUAGAUAAUUUACUUACUUUUGUUUCUUUUAGAGUAACCCAACCAAGCACACUAUUCUUUUUAAUUUGGACCCUUGUCAUAAAGUGCUGAAGAGUCAUUUUACUUCGACACAUUUAAACAGUCUACAAAAGGUAGAGAGUUUGCUUUAAGUGCUUGUAAGUAUGUAUAAGAAUGGACAGAAACAAUAACUAUUAUAAAUUGUAAUGUUUAAGUAAAACCUUUCACCCUAAAAGACUGUUAAGUAAGUCCACUCGAACUUGUGUUGUGUGCGUUGGCCUCUAUUUAUCACUCUGCCUAGUAAUUGUGUUCCUCAUCGGCUUUAAUAAGUUAGUCCUAUCAUUUAUUAUUGAUAUUAAUUAUUUAAAUGUUUAUUGUUGUCGAAAAGCUUUAUUGAAUUACUGUUUGCUUAGAUAUCUCAAUUUGUUAUCAUGUAAUCCUAUUUAUUAUUGCUAAAUGAUGUUUAAAUGUUUACAUUUCACAGUUACAUAUCACCAAAGUUAUUUAUUUGUGUUCACUAAAAUAUCCUCGUUCAUAUAAAUAUUUUAUAGCGGUCACAUCUCUCGUUAUUUUUGUGAAAAAUCCAAAAAAUAAUAUGUAGUCAUAAUCAUCUAGUCAUGUGUAGUUAAAUAAGAAGUAGUCAUUUUAAUCUCGAUAUUUUUGUUUAAUAGAAGAAAAUCUGAUAUUUUUAUAGGAUCCAAAAUGUCUUACUCUAAAUAUUGUUUUAAUUUUAAUCACAAUUUUCAAUCAUGUAGUUAGUUAAUUAUGUAAUUUAUUUUUGAAAAUGAUUCUUAAGAAGAUCUAGUCAUUAAAAAAAUAGUUACGGCACAAUAAUGAAUAGUUUGUUAAAAUAAUGAAUAAGUGAUUCAAGGAGUGUUUAAAUGCUCUUGCAGUAAGAAAAUAAGCGCAACCAACACAUCUGAAGUACCUACUUCCAAAAAUCAUUUUUUAAAUUGUUUUCUACUUAUGACAAAAGCUUUUUAUAGUUUGUUAAAUGUAUCUGCAUACAGUACUUAAAGUAUUUAUCGGCUAAAUUGGUGUUGUUGACUGUACAUAAUUGAUUGGAUUGUGAUAUUUUUACUUCUAGUCAUAAAAAUACUAUGUACACUGCUUAAUUUAAUAAAUAUAAUGUUCAAUAUUACAA